CCAGUCCCUUCAUCUGUUCAUCGCCAAGAUGAGUACUACUCAGGUCGGCAUCACCGAAGCUGUGCUUCAUUACAAGCCUCCUCAUCCUCCGGUCGAGGAGUUUGAGCCUCCCAAGGAUCGAGCCUUCUUUGCUGAUCCCGAGAAGAAAUCGUUACUGAGCGCCGUCACCAAGAUCCGGAAUUUGACUCCUUAUAUCGGAACCGAACUGGUCGGUAUCCAGUUGAGCAAGCUCACGCCGGCUCAAAAGGAUGAUCUCGCUCUGCUAAUUGCAGAGAGAGGAGUUGUCUUCUUCCGAGACCAGGACAUCACACUAGAUGAACAGCACGAAUUGGCCAAACACUAUGGCAUUCAAGACCGAGACCCCAAUCAACAAGAUCCUCGUCAUGUUACCAUCCUAGGCAAUAACAACGAUGUUCGCGCAUACCAAAACUUUUCAUCUGAGUUCCACUCCGACCAUUCCCAGGAAGUAAAUCCUCCGUCGUACACUCUGCUACGGAUGGUUCGAACACCCGAAUCUGGAGGCGAUACUAUCUUUACAAGUCAGACGGCGCUGUACGAUAAAUUGAGCCCCAAGUAUCAACAGUACCUGGAAGGAUUGCACGGAGUGCAUAGCUCCGAGCAAGGAUUUAUCAAUUCCGUGAAUAGCGGAUACAAGCCAUUCCGAGGACCUGUGCGACGAGAGCAUCCACUCAUCCGAACCCACCCUGUCACUAGACUCAAGUCACUGUUCUACAACCCGUCGUACGUCGUCCAUAUCUCCGAACUCAAGGGUCAGGAAGCGAUCCACACUCUCAACUUUCUGCGCGAGCAUCUGCACGCAGCCGACGACCUGACGGUGCGAUGGAAGUGGGAGCCUGGCAGUGUCGCAUUCUGGGACAACCGCGUCGUCGCCCACAAGGCUGUUCCGGGGGGUUACGACCCAACCCUGCGUGAGGGCAAACGUACCGCCGUCUAUGGAGAGAAGCCUUUCUAUGAUCCAAAUUCAGAGAGCUUGUCUCAACGGAUCGCUCGUGUGGGGGGCGACCCGGCUAAGAAUGAGAUUAUCAAUCUUCAUUUCAAAAGCCCACACGUUUGA